UGAGUACGUACAUCAAAAAAGCCAUAAUUGCUUGUUUCUUUGUUACGAUUGUCAUGUUUACAUUUCCUAAUUGAAAUUAUUGGAAAUAAUCUCUGUAUCAUUGAAGUAGCUCGGCUCGAAAUAUGGCUAAGACAAAAACAAUUAGCAAGGGAUGCCCCAAAUGUGAGCAGCAGGUACCUGUUGCCUGUAAAGCUUGUCCUUGUGGACAUUCUUUUUUCAAUGCAAGACGUAAUUCUAUCAAAAGUCCACCCAGUCCCGACAGUGGAGUGAUGAAAACAAGAAGAACGAAUCGCAUUAAACGAGAGAAGCCAAAUUAUUAUGAUGCUUUGGAAUAUGAUAAGCAGAUGAAAAAAAGUGCCAAGAUCAGAAGGACUACAGACAAUUCAAAUGAUAUUGAUUGUCGUCAGUUGAACAAAAAGAAAAAACGAAAAGGAAAGGGAAAGGGCAAGAGUGGCAGUAACAGUGGUAUGGGUGAUGAUGACGAUGAAAUGGAUGGAAUCAAUGGAUUAUCUCCAGAGAAACAGCUCACUUGUUCUCUCAUAUUGCAAGAACUGAACAACAAGAUGAGAGUGGUAGCCUGGAAGCCUACGUGAAAUCUGCAAUAUAGAUAUAUAUAUCUCUGACGAUCUCAAUGACCAUUAGUGAUUAUCUUAUCGGUGCAUUAAAAGUUCAGACACUACCUGCUGGUGUAUUCAAAGUUUCAGAAACACUAUCGCGUCUCUGGAUUGCACAAUGGUAAGAUGCAAAUGAAACAGAGUUUAUACAGUACAAUACACUACGUACAUUGAUCUUCUAAGAUAUUGAAAAAGUUGUCGAAUUUACAUUGAUUUUAGUCCCUAUACAGAAAUAACUGCCAUGAAAGUCUCUGAUUGCUGUAAUUUUUCAUAGCAUCCUUAUGGAUCACUUUUUUUAUUGUGAUUGAGAAUUGUGAUGUUAAUGUUCUGCAUAUGAAACGUGUAAACUUGUAACUCUAGAUUACGUCCUACUUAUAUUUUACAU